AUGCAACUCGUACAUCGCCGCCUCUUGGACACGAACCCACCGCUGAGUAAUGCGAGCGAGUUGCAGCGCCUGACGCAAGAGAAGACGCUUAAGGACGUGACAGAACUGCUCCCCAGUCUCUUUGUGGGGCUGGACGUCAACCUGAAAGUUGUGGGGAACAAAUCGUACAAUGAGCUGAUCGAGCGUUUAGUGGACUACCGCGGUGUACUCAUGACGGAACAAUCCAAUAAGAAAGCAUCGACCGAUACAGAAAAGCAGGAAGAGACGGAGGUAUCGUCAUGUACUUCGCCGCGGCAGGAUGGGGGCGAAGAGGAGGUCAAACCUGCAAUUUCGUCUCUCCUGUCGCCGAUAGCGGCGCAGACGACAGGGUUUCAUAACCUUUCGAUUGAUGUCGACUGUAGCCCUGCUUCGCUAAACGCAGCGGUAUCCCCCGGCUCUACGUCGUCGAUAAACUCUCCGAAGAAGAGUCCGUCGCAGCAAACUGUGCAAACCAUGAUGAAGGAACGCCACAUGAGCGAUGCCGAUGCGCUCGACACAGCCAUCACUCUGUUGGAAGAAGGGCCAGUCCUUGAUGACUUCUUCAACUCGACAGCUAGCCAACUCACCUACUACGGACUCGUGAUGCUGCAUGAAGGUCUUCGAGAACGCCAGCUGUGCGUUUUCUUCCGCAAUAACCACUUCUCCACGCUCUUCAAGUUUGAAGGCGCCUUGUAUCUCCUGGUUACCGACGCAGGAUACCUUGACGAGCCUACAGUCGUGUGGGAGCUGCUCAACGAAAUUGACGGCGACACAACGUAUCUUGACUCGCAAUUUCGACCAGUUACGUCUUCGGAACAGCAGCAGAACAUCUUGACGCAGCAGCAACAGCAGCGACUUGAUGAGGAACGGGACUUGCAGAAAGCGAGAGCUAUGAGUCUUACGGGUUGUGUCCCCCCUGCUCAUAAUGAGGAGCAGAUGACAAGUACGGAUACCACGAGGGCUGCUGAGCACACCAUGCCGAGUAGCGGGUUGUUUGGGGAUGAAGAAGAGGGAAACCUUGACCCAGAUUAUCUGCUAGCCCUGAAGUUCCAGCGCGAAGAAGAAGAAUUGGCGCGUGGGGGGAAUAAGCGCAUGUCUCCGCGUAUCUCUCCUCACCACUUGAAGCCUGUCGGUGUCGACCGGGACGUUAGCAGCGCCACGGAGCAGCAACAACCUUCACAUGAGGACGACAGAAGCCGAGAAACCACGGCAAGCUGA